CAAUAUACCACACUGUCGUCCAGGCCAACAAAGCUGUGGUGGAACUCCGGAUGGAAUAAAAUGUACGGAAUGUGAGGAUAGGUACUAUUCUGAUGGAUACGAUAAUGGAUGUAAAGAAUGCACAACUUUCCCCGAUUGUCGUAAUCUGACUUGUACAAACACCGGUAACUCCAUAUGCCACGAAUGCAUUCCUGGAAAAACAUUGUCAACUGAUGGCAAGAUAUGUAUAGAUAUCAUGUCAGGGGCGCGAAUAAAAUGUUUUGACACUUGUAUUGUCGUAUUUCAACGCAGGGAAACAUGGGAAGAUGCCGAGGCCGUGUGUAAAGCUAGAGGUGGACAUUUAUUUGUACCAGAAACAUCAGAACAGGAAUCAUCAGUCAGCACUUACUUGGAGGCUGUAUACAGUAAUGGAAGAGAUACAAACUUCUGGAUUGGAGGACAGAUCCUUGAAACUAACCAGGAACAAUGGUUGAGCGAUAGAGUAGUAAACUAUCCCUAUCUCUGGGGAAUUACAAAGCCUACAGCAACUGAUGAGCCUUUGUGUAUUGCCAUGGAUCCAACCAAAAGCUUCCGGUGGACAGCAUAUUCAUGCAACAACCCAUCAUUCUUCCUUUGUGAAGAAAAGACACCAUAUGAGUCUCGUAUUUUUGGUUAAACACAUAUGCACGGAAAAGGACUGCAUUAACUCUGUCUGCACAUACGUGAUUUUGUGUGUUCUAAUAUUAUUUUUUUAAAGACAAUUGUAAGAUAUAUAGCCAUUUAUUAUUCAAAACGAGAUCAAACAUUGUUAACAUUUUACUAACUAGAAUUUAAAAACGAGAGUUUUUGUUAUUUUGCAUAUUUUGUUGACUUUCUGCGAAUAAAAGUAUAUCAGUUUUUAACUGAAUAAAAAUUAUAAAUACA